GUCCCCAUCCACGGGGGGCUGGGCCCAUCCCACCAUCAUGGGACCGGUCCUUGCGAGAGGCCAGCCGGCGUGAACGCGGCUAACAUCGACGUCUCGACGUGCGCGUAAACAAAAUUGAAACUUUUGAAAUUGGAAUUAGGUUUCUUCAUGUCUUAAAAUAUUUCAAAAAUAUAUUGAUCAUAAAAGAGCAAAUACAUUGUUGGUCUUAAGACAAAAAUAAGCAACUUAUAAAAGAUAGUAAAACUAUUGUGUACAUAAAGAAAAAAUUGAAGCAAACUUAAAGUGACUCGUGACCGGAAUACAUUUCGGGAAUAUUAGAAACAUGGGCAUUCAAGACUUGCAAACUUUCCUGGACGGCAAUUGUGUACAAGGGGGAUCUGUACCUGUGGACUUGUUGAAAAUAGCUCGUAUAGUCGCUCAAAAAUCUCAACGCAAUCGUGUGAUUAAAGGACAGCAAAUACACAAUUUCGGUAAAUUAAGACUAGUUCUCGAUGGAGAAUGUUGUUUGGAUCGAUUGUAUGGAGGAUUCUUCUCAGAUUGGGCUUGUGGUGGACAAUGGAAUCGUAUGCUCCAAUUUCUCGCUGUUCUUAUACAAGCAAUGGAAAUGUCAGGAUUGGAGGUAGCUGUGUUCUUUAAUGGAUGUUUUGAACCUCUUCGAAGACCAGAUUGGGUGCAACAUCAGUUGCAAGUACGCGCUAAAGUUAACAACGUCUUGAAACAUAUAACAACGAAAGGUACGCCACCACCGAAAAUCUGGUGGACUCCUCCUGUAUGUUUAAGGACCAGUUUACGUAUGGCUCUCAGGCAUCUGAAUGUCACAGUCUUAUGUAGCAUGGAUGAUCAUCAUCAAGAAGUCAUUGCUUACUGUCGUGAGAAUAAUUACAACGGACUCAUAGCUGAUGAUGCAGAAUAUGCUGCAUUUGAUCCUCCACGCUACUUCUCAUCCGAACAAUUAAAACUUACGUACAAGGGUUCUCUCGAUACAAAAGAAUAUAUGCUUUCUGAACUCACUAGAGCUCUCAACAUACCAUCCGACAGGCUCUGUAUAUUGGCAGCUUUACUUGGAAAUUACAUAUUGACCGAAAACGACUUGGCCGACUUCUACAAAAAUAAUAAUAUUAGUACCAAUGUGCUAAAUAAGACAAGCGUUGAACAAAUGAUUAAAAUAAUUGCGAAUUUUGUCAAGGAACUUCCAUCUGCAGAAUUGGAUGUGGUUUCACAAAAGGUGUUCGGUUCCGUCUCUGAUCCAAGGUGUUCGAAAUUAAGACAAUCUGUUCAAUAUUAUUUAAACGGAACAAAAGAAGGAUUUUUACAUUACAAACCUGUGAAACCAACAAAAGUCCAUAAACUAGAUUCCAAACCGAGCACACAGACUCAGUCGAGUUUGUCCGACACACCAUCAGCCUCGGAAGUUGACUCUAAUUUGGAAACGUCGAGAUUUGCCUCUGAAACUUUGGAGAGCGAACGUGAAAGUUUGAACGCGUACAAACAGGCAACAGCUAACGCAAAGACGGCGCCGCAAAUUGUGAUCGAUCCACCUGGUAUUCAGGGCCAUGGAGAUGCCGAUGCCAUACGCACAGAGGAAGAGCAAAGCGAUGGACAUGCUAUCAACGGUACUCACAAUCUCUUGAUAAGCUCGUCAAGUUCGAGUAGUAGCUCCUCGGCGACAUCGCCAUCCCAUGCAACAGCCGAUUCUGCGAGACAGCUGGAGAAAACUAAUAUUCCUACAACAUCACCAGAAGUUAUGCGCACCGCUUCGGAACGUCACCAGAAGGGGCUCAUGUCACCGUACAUUUAUCAAAUUCUCAUCGCUGGUGAAAUCAAAUUGCCGGUCCUCCUGGAAGACGAAAACCACCGUGAAUUUCCUUCUAUUCAUGUCAUUUAUAGACCAAUUCGACAAAUGGUAUAUGCAAUUUUGUUUAAUCUCCAUCAUCGGAUGUAUCUAGCUACGAAGAGUAAAGAAAAAGGUGAUAGCGAAAAGAUCGAAAUACCGGAUGUAAUAAUAAAAGAAUGGGUAUGGUCCAAGUCCAAUCAAUAUCAGACUCCUGAAUUGGUGAAAGCAGAGCAGAUUGGCUGGGGCGUGCCUACGAUUCAACGUUUAUGGUUUGGCACAGUUAUAGAUGAUAAGAGGCGAAGGCUUAGGGGUUUCCUGACUUGUAUGAGAUCAGACACACCUCUAAUGUUAAAUACCUCGUAUGUACCGCAACAUCUGCUGGUUAUGGCCUGUGUUUUAAGAUAUAUUAUGUCUUUUUCUGAUAAAAUAAAGAUCUUGCGCCGUCAGGAGUUAGACGCUUUCAUCGCGCAAGCUUUUUCACCGGAGCUUAUGAAUGCUCAGUAUUUGCAAGAUUUACAGCUUCCAUUAGUGACAUCGCGCGGUGUACAACUGGCUACUUUGUUCAUGGCUGGUGUUGAGACUGCAUUAUUAGCGAAUGAUGCAUGUGGCGCGCCGAUUCCAUGGUUAAUGUGCUGCCCCUGGCUUUACUUUGAUGGCAAAUUGUUCCAUCAUACGCUGGCUCGUGCUACUAUUGCCAAGAACUUGUUGGAAUUAUGCAGCGGUCAUAUUGACCGCGUUGUAAAGGUCGAGAGAAUGAGAAAAGCUAUACUCGAGGGAAUUAACGUCGUGUUUGCGCGACCGCCUUUACCUGUCACGCCAGGUAUUCGUGUAUCAGUUCCCUCCAAUAUUUUGCCUGCUAAUUGUACUAUUAAUGACGGAUUGAUGCGCGGUCGUGGCAGCGGCACAUUACCGCAACGUGGUUUGAUGCGUCGCCCAAUCCCUUCUCGUGGUGGUCAACUUGAAAUCGCUGGUGUUGUAGUAGGUCAAUGGGGCCCAAAUUAUGGACAACCCGGUCGAUUGCCGCAACCCUUGCAAGGACACCCUCGCGGACGGAUUCCACCGCAGGUAACUUCUAUUGGUGGAAUUAAAUACGGUCUUCCACGUGGAUUUAAUCCGAUAAACCGACCAACAUUUCAAACACGCGGAGCUACCCGUGCUCCGAUUGCUGGACGUGGCAAGAAGACUCAAAUGAAGAUGUCGAGCAAAAAGAAAACUACUGUUAAGAAAACCAAGGAAACAGAGAAAAAGGAUACCAAGAGCCGUGGUAUUGAUGGAAUCACAGAUUAUAACGAAACUCAAAUCGAUAAUGCUCGUGCACUACUAACAAAAGACGCACUGCCAGUACCAGGUCAGUUUGAUGAUGCAGUGGAGAAUGGUAAGGGUAUGGAAAAGGGGCAGGGCGAUGCACCGCUCGCUACUGCUGUUGCCACGGAAAAUUAGAUAUUAAAAGAAAAACUUCUCGAAAAAUGACUGCAACCACUCCCAAAUUAUGACUCAAGACUGUUAACAAUCUACUUAUAUAUUCUGAGCAAUUGU